CUUGGACCAAUAAUGGAGCGCUAACGUUUGCAGUGUGAGUUAACAGGUCUGACACUUAAUCUUCAGACAGGAAGGCACUCCCGGAUACAAGAGGGAGAGGUGGAUGAAGCAAAUUGGGGGAAAAAAUAUCCUGUCUGUGCAUUGAGACAUCAGUCACCCAUAGACAUUCAGAGGAAGAAAGUCAGACACAACCCAGAACUGGCUCAGUUAGAACUGAUUGGUUAUGAUGGGCCCUUAACUGGUCACUUCAAGGUCACCAACAAUGGUCAUUCAGUGCAAAUUGACCUUCCACCCUCCAUGACUAUAAAGAAAGGGCUUAACAGUCUUUAUACUGCAGUACAAAUGCACCUACACUGGGGAGGACUUGAAUCUGAAACCAGUGGCUCAGAACACACCAUUGAUGGAAUGAGAUAUCUUGCUGAGCUCCACGUUGUUCAUUACAACUCAGGAACUUACAAGACCUUCGAUGAGGCAAAGGACAAACCUAACGGGUUAGCUGUGCUUGCAUUUCUUUAUACGACUGGUAAUUAUGAAAACACGUAUUACAGUGAUUUUAUCUCUAAGCUUUCCAAGAUUCGAUAUGCAGUUAUCUGCCCGCCUCGACCCAGCCUGUUUGACCACGUAUUUGCCUACUCCUAUUUGUACCGUGACCAUCGGCCUUAAGACUUAUAUACAGUCGUGCCCCAUUGCUAGCCAGAACUCCUGCUCAGCACCUCUCGUACAAGUCCAGGUGGCAUCCGAGUAGCUGAGGGCUCCUCCCGAAGCCAAAGGCGGUCACGCUACUGGUGAAGCACGAGCCGAGACCAGGGUGCUUGGCACUUGUUCUGGUAUUGGGUGCCGACCGUGACAUUAUCACGGGCCAUUGAAGACUAUGGUCACGAAGCCGCUGCUGCUCCAUCUGCCUCCUCCACCACUGAAGUGUUGCUGACCACCUUGCUUCAACGCCUAGAGGAACAGGAGCAGAAGCAAAACUAUCUCCUGCAGGGUUUUCAUAAUCUGACCCGUAAGUUGGAGACUCCUCAGCAGCGGUCCAGUCCUGCAUCUUCUCCUCCGGAGACAGAAAUGCAUACACUGGAUGUCAUGGCUAUGUUGCCUGAGAACCUAGGUAAUUUUUAUCGCUACAGCGGAUCCCUUACUACUCCUCCCUGCACAGAGAAUGUGCUCUGGACUGUGUUUGAUUCCCCAGUCUACCUUUCAAAAACGCAGAUUGAUUUGCUGGAAAACACUCUGUUGGACUGGCAUAACAAAACACUACGUAAUGACUACCGCCAUGCACAGCCACUGUAUGACCGCACUGUAGAAGCUUCCUUCCAUCCAAAAAUGCCCAAAGACUCAUGUCAACUAGAAAUAUCAAAUAAACUCCGUCUUAUUGCGACUGAACUUGAAGAUAUAAAGAAGAGGGCGGACAGCUCAAAAUCUUCCAGGAUGCUGAUGUCAGGUUCUGUAUCCUAUCCCUCCUUUUACUUUUCUGAGGAUCACCCAGGUGCCCGUGUAGAAGUACGACCUGCAGGGUCCUUGAAGAUGACUCAGUUCUCAAUCUGUGUUUGGGUGAGGACCAGGAACAGAGGCUCUCAGACUGUAUUCGCCUACUCUACAAGCAGCGAAGAUAAGGAACUUGUUCUAAGUGUAGGUUAUGAUAUAGGCUUGUGGAUAGGAGGGAAGUUUAUUAGCUUCAACAUACACCACACAUCAGAAGAUUGGGUUCAUUACUGUGUAAGCUGGGACUCACCAAGUGGAGCUGCAAAACUCUGGGUAAGUGGGUUGCCGGGCAAGGAGAAGACUCUUCACCAUGGUUAUGAGAUCCAAGACAAAGGUAUGGUUUUAUUAGGAAAAGACCCUGAUGAUCCCUUGGGAAUUUUUUCUAGUGCCUAUGUUGGAUGGAUUAGUCAACUUCAUCUCUGGAACUAUCUGCUUGAACCUGAACAUAUCAAGUCAUUGAGUCAAUGUAAUAUGCCAGUUGCUAGGGGGAAUGUGCUAGCUUGGGGAGAGACACCAAUGGCAAUUUCUGGGGGUGUUAUUCUGGAGCCUGAUAACAGCUGUUAGUGAUCCAAGUACUUUUGUUUUGUUUUAAAUAUCAUGUUCACAUCUGUAAUAAUCAUGUUCAUAUUUUUAGGCAUGGACUCUUGUACUGUGAAAGCACAUUAUCAUAAAAUAAAAUAAUUUUAUGGUUGCUAAUGUAGUUUGACCCUCUUUAACAUACAGUGAUCCAAAUCCCUAUUUUAUGUGAUGAGUACUUUUGCUUUAACUUUCUUGUUUUAUUAUAAAUAUCAUGUUCACAUUUGUAAUAAUCAUGUUCAUAUUUUAGGCAUGGACUCUUGUACUGUGAAAGCACAUAGUCAUAAAAUAAAAUAAUUUUAUGGUU